AUGGUGCUGGCUCUGACCGUCGCCCUGCCGCCGCUGCUGCUGCUGCUGCUGCAGAGUUCGGACUCCUCGGCUCACUACUACGAGAUGAUGGGCACCUGCCGGAUGGUGUGCGACCCGUACAGUCCCAAGCGGGGCGGCGGCGGCGGUGCCACCGCCAUGGGGGUGAUACAAGACGCCAACGGCAUCCCUCCGCCGCCCGUGACGCACGAAAGCCGCGGGGAACCGGGGCGCCCGGGCAGAGCUGGACCCAGGGGACCGCCGGGAAAACCGGGACCACCGGGUCCUAAGGGACCGCCCGGGGAGCGAGGCGACACCGGUAAACUGGGCUACCCGGCGUUACCGGUGGCGGGGGACGCCAACAGCCAGACGGACGGGGCGAACUCCUCGGCGGGCAGCAUCCAGAUCGCCUUCUACGUCGGUCUGAAGAAUCCCCACGAGGGAUACGAGGUGCUCAGGUUUGACGACGUGAUCACGAAUUUGGGGAACAGCUACGACCCGACCACGGGGAAGUUCACCUGUCACGUAUCGGGAAUUUACUUCUUCACGUACCACGUGCUGAUGCGGGGAGGGGACGGGACCAGCAUGUGGGCUGACUUGUGCAAAAAUGGACAGGUCCGGGCCAGCGCCAUAGCGCAGGACGCAGACCAGAACUAUGACUACGCCAGCAACACCGCUGUGCUGCACCUGGACUCCGGAGACGAGAUCUACGUCAAACUAGACGGCGGCAAAGCCCACGGGGGCAACAACAACAAAUACAGCACCUUCUCCGGCUUCAUCUUGUACCCUGACUGAACACAGAGUCAGACGUGGACCUGCGGACAACAGUGACUGCAUGACGACAAACGACCUUAAACACGUCAGAUGGGAGAAAUAAGCUGAUAUAUGGGCAAGGAUUGAUCCUCCUUGCUUCUUCUGUCAAGCUCCUCAA